AAACUUUUAACUCACCUCAUCAUCACUCUCUCUCUUCCCGCACUCCCACACAUCAGCUCAGCUAGGCCACCACCCACACAGGCAGCCGCAGGCCGCGCCGCCGCGGCCGCAGAUCUCCGGCACCGGCGCGCCGACGCCAUGGAGUACGAGCGCAUCGAGAAGCCGUUCCCCACCCAGCAGGGCGGCGGGUUCUCGCCGAAGCGGCUGCGCGCGAUGCUGCUCGGGGUGGAGAAGCGGCGCAAGGGGCAGGACGCUGAGGAGGACGGUGGGGAGGAGUACGACACCGUGCCCAAGGCAUCCGUCAGAUCCGACGCCGACUCCGAUGCGCGCAGAGGAGGUGCCAUGUGCGAGGAAUACAAGGACGUGGAUGUGGUCAGCACUAUCUCUGAAUCUUCAUCCUCACUGGACACAGGAAGUGGGCACCGAUCGCGAGACUCCCACUCCAUGGGUUCAAGGGCCAGGGUGCCUGAAGAGGACUCAUGUGACUCAGAGAGUGUGGCUUCGAACUUUGAGUUCCACAAGGAGCGAGGGGCCUCUGCUCGUUCGACGGCGGCAUCAGUCGUUCCUCCAUUCUCAAAGCCUGCCCCAUCAAAGUGGGAUGAUGCCCAAAAAUGGAUUGCCAGCCCGACAACAAAUCGUCCUAGCAGGGCUUGUGGGGUGCUAGCUAGGAAGAUGGAGAAACCUAGCUCUGGUGGUGCAAGACUGCCGGCAACGAAGGUUGUGCUGGAGGCCACAGAGGAGAUAGAUACUAAGAGGAUUGAUCCAAGUCAAGAGAAGAGAGAAAUUGGGUGGCAGAAAGCAGUGAAUUGGGCCCUGCCGGAUCCCUGUCCAGAAGUGGAGCCUUGCUCAAAGAGUGAACUUGCUGCAGAAAGUACGAUAGCUGAUUCAGCUGUUACUUUUAGUCGCCUUGAUUCAUCCACCACACUUCAGAGUGCAACAGCAUGCAUACCUCCUCCAUCAACAGUUCGGUCAGUGUCAAUGAGGGAUAUGGGCACUGAAAUGACUCCUAUUGCAAGCCAAGAACCAUCCCGGACAGGAACACCGGUUAGAGCAACAAGUCCAAAUUGUUCUAGGCCAACUACUCCACGAAGGACAUUAGGUCCCAAUGCAAUUGGUGCUGUUAUCAGCCAUGGAGAAUGUAGCAAUGUGGAAUUAAGCGAACAGGAACUGCAAACAAAAACUAGGAGAGAGAUAAUGCUUCUUGGCACCCAGCUGGGUAAGACCAAUAUAGCAGCAUGGGCAAGCAAGAAGGAGGAGGAAAAGGAUGCAUCAGUUUCACUGAAAAAAGUGCCGAUGGACCAAUCUACACAGAACAUCACUGAAAUCCGUGCAGCUGCAUGGGAGGAGGCAGAGAAGGCCAAAUAUCUAGCAAGGUUUAAACGAGAAGAGAUCAAGAUCCAAGCAUGGGAAGAUCACCAGAAAGCCAAAAUCGAAGCUGAAAUGAGAAAAAUUGAGGUUGAGGUGGAGAGGAUGCGUGCCCGUGCGCAAGACAAGCUGAUGACCCAGCUCGCAUCGGCUAGGCACAAUGCAGACGAGAAGCGUGCCACCGCGGAGUUGAAAAGGAACCGUGCGGCUGCAAGGACGGCCGAACAGGCGGAGCACAUCAGGAGGACCGGCCGGGUGCCGGCUUCCUUUGGCUGCUGGAACUGCUGCUCGUAGAAAGCAUGCAAGCAAUGAGUCCUUUCUGUCGGACCGGUAGAUAUGUCUUCCCAGUCUUGAAGCAACUCCUGCCCAUGAAAUAGUUGCAUCCUCACAUGCUGUUACAGUUUACUAGCGAAUGAAAUGAGUCCCUUCUGUCGGACCGGUAGAUAUGUGACCGAAGAGGAAUGAAUCACUUGUGACUAUAUAUAUAAAGAUGCGAGCUUCUUGCA